AUGGAUAAAGAAAAAAAGAAAACCUCAUGGGGUAAAUUGUGGACAAAAAAAUAUCCAUGGAUUAAAAAGGCAAAACCGGUUGCUCCUCCACUGUCGAGCCAAAGUGAAGCUGGCACGUCAAGCCAAAGUGAUGCUGUCACGUCAAGUCAAAGUGAAGCUGAAGUGUCGAAUCUAAGUGCGAGUGCAAUGCAGAUAAAUGAACCUACUGAUGCAAUGGAAACAGAAAAUUACGAUGAGAAUACCGAUUUCACUGAAAUGCACGAAACAACUAGCGAAACAACCGAAACCCACGAAGAAGAUUCAAUUCCAAUGGAUGAUUCAACCAUUGACACAACUGAAGUCAUUUCCGAAUUCGACUUGGGUCUAUUUAUGAACAAGCCAUUAUCAUCAGAGCAAAGAUCUCUGUUAUUAAAAAGAUGUUGGGUACCACCACAAGACUACGAUUUUGCAGUAGACUCCGAUGAUUCAAAACGAAACUUUCUCCACAAUUGGUUACAAGUUUAUAAACCUUGGCUUGUUUAUUCAAAGAAAGAAAAGGGCGCUCUUUGCUUACAUUGCGUUCUAUUUCAUAAAACUACAGUGCAAGGCUUUUUAGGCGCAUUCGUUGUUAAGUCAUUCACCAAAUACAAAGAUAUGCACGAAUUGAGCAGAAAUCACGCAAGAAGCAAAUGGCAUCAAACUUCAAUGAAAGCUGCUAUUGAAUUUACAACUGCCAAGCCAGUGGACCUACAGAUGGUAACAGGACAUCAGAAGUUAAUUGAAGAAAACAAGAAAAUAAUCCGUUCGAUCAUAUCAAACAUAAUUUUUUGUGGAACAACCGAUUCACCAUUAAGAGGAAAAGAUGAAGAUUCCAGAAUAUUCAUGGAUCUCAUUCGCUUGAGAAUUGAGGCCGGAGAUGAAUCUCUUAAAAAACACUUUGAAGAAGGACCAAAAAAUGCGAAAUACACCUCACCAGAAAUUCAAAACGAGAUAAUUGCAUUAUGUGGCGAGGUAGUGAAAGAUAUGAUAAUUGCUGACGCUAAAAAGGCAUCAGCAUACAGCAUUUUGGCUGAUGAAACAGCAGAUAUAUCAGGAAAAGAGCAACUGUCAUUGGGUAUUCGAUUUUACGACAAAAGCCAAGCAAAACUACGAGAAGAAUUCAUGGGUUUCUCUGAACUAAAUGCGAUGGACGCUCCAACAAUUGCAGAUGAAAUUGAUCACGCAGUCGUGAGCUGUGAACUUGAACCGAACAAAUGCGUUGGGCAAGGCCACACAUUGAACCUUGUUGUUAAUGAUUUGAACACGGUCCCGGAAGUACGAAACACUAUUGGCACCAUCAAAGACAUAAUAAGAUUUUUCCGAGAAUCAGUGCUACGGCGAAAGUGUGCUCCGAACAUACCCGCCCUUUGUGAAACUCGUUGGUCUCAAAAACAUAAGAGCAUUGCUGUUUUUAAAGAAAAUUUCGUUGAGAUCGUGAACGCAUUACUGACUUUAUCCACCGAAGGCAAUGCAAAAACGCGAUCAGCUGCAUUUCAGCUACACUCUGCAGCAACGAAACCUGUAUUUAUCAUAUGCACUUCAAUAAUUGCCAAAUAUUCGGAUAUUCUUGAGCCUGUCGUGAAUGGUCUUCAAUCUAAAAGUCUUGACCUGCUCAAAUGCAAAGACCAUCUUGAUAGAAUAGCAACUGUUAUCUCUAGCCAUCGAACCGCUGUAGAUGCCCUGAUUGAUGAAAUUCUAGACGAGGCAAAAGAAAUAGCGAAGUCGAUUGAUAUUGAAUUGGAUAUGCCCAGACUAACCCAACGACAGCAGCAUCGUUCAAAUCAACCUGCAUCGAAUCCAAAUGAUUAUUGGAAAAUAUCGUUGCUAAUUCCGUAUUUGGAUUCGUUGAUAUCAUCGCUUGCAAAUCGAUUCGCGUCAUCCAAUUUGCCUGCAUUUUCACUACUCACAUUGCAUCCAUACAUUAUGUUGAAAAAAAGUAUUGGCGAUUUGAAAGAAGACAUCAAGCCAUUUUCAGAAUUUUAUGAAUUGGAUCUAAGUGCAGAAAUUGAAUUAUGGUAUAACACUUGGAAAGACAAACAGCUUAGUGGAGUAGCGAUGGAAAAUUUGGAAGUGUGCGACGUAAUCACGGAAGCGGACACCUUUUUUCCUGCUGUAUCACAUGCAUUGGAAAUAUUAUUGGCACUACCUUGCACGACUUGCACCGUAGAAAGGUCGUUCAGCACUUUGCGGCGUGUUAAAACCUGGCUAAGAUCAACCAUGGGCGAAAAUCGACUAAAUGGACUAUGCAUGCUCAGUGUGCAUCGGAAAAUGGUAAAGGAAAGAAAAACCGAAAUAGUAGAUGAAGUCCUCAGGAAAUUUGCUGAAAAUCUCAGAAAAUUGGUUUUAUAA